AUGUCCACUUACGAAGUCGAACACAACACAGCCGACCCCUCCAUCCCCCAACAGCCCACCCGCCGCCGCCGCCCCGACCUCUCGACCUUCUUCUCGACCCUCUCCCAAAUCAGCCCCGAUGAGCACCGCUCCAGACCGCACGCCGUCCCCGUCCCGCGCGACGUAAGCGCCGCGUUCUAUACUCUCGCUGAGGCGUUCGAGGCUAUGCGCCGGGAGUCGGAGGGCGGGGGUGCAAGCGCUCGCGAAGGCGGCGAAAGCGGCGAAGGCGGCGAUGGCGACGGCGACGAUCUCCUGUCGCAGAUGAUUCAGACGUUGUUGCGGGAGGCGGAUACGCCGCCUAAGGAGGUGGAGGGUGUGAGCGAGGAGUUUUGCGACGUGCUCGACCGGGUCCCGCGUACGUCGUUGAAGGAGACGCAGACGUGUCCGAUUUGCAAUAACCCGUUCUUGGAGGAUGAAUAUCCGCUCGUUGUGCGGCUGCCGUGUCAUUCUACGCAUUUGUUUGAUUUGGAGUGUAUCCGACCCUGGUUGCGGUUGCGGGGGACGUGUCCGCUUGAUCGGACGGAUUUUGCCAAACAGGAGCGUGAGAAGGCAGAGGCGCGUAGGAAGAAACCUGUCGAGGAUGACGAGGAGGAGUGGGAUGGUAUGUAUGGCUAG